GGGUCGGACAUGGUAUACUUAGAGCCCACGAAGCCUAUCAAGUAUAUAAAUCAACAAACGAUGCGCUCCUUCAGAUUAGGGUUCGUAAAUUGGAGGCUUCUUCACUAUCUCGACGCACACAGACGAGUAGCUGCUUCAGAUCUGAAACCCUAGCCAUGUCGCUGGUUGCGAACGAAGAGUUUCAACACAUUCUUCGGGUUCUGAACACCAACGUAGAUGGAAAGCAGAAGAUUAUGUUUGCUCUGACCUCCAUUAAAGGUAUAGGCCGCCGUUUUGCCAACCUCGUUUGCAAGAAAGCCGAUGUCGACAUGAACAAGAGAGCUGGUGAGUUAUCUGCUGCUGAGCUUGAUACUUUGAUGACCAUUGUCGCCAAUCCUCGCCAGUUCAAAAUCCCAGACUGGUUUUUGAACAGAAAGAAGGAUUAUAAGGAUGGAAGGUAUUCCCAAGUUGUGUCCAAUGCAUUGGACAUGAAGCUUAGGGACGAUCUUGAGCGUUUGAAGAAGAUCAGGAACCACCGUGGGCUCCGUCACUACUGGGGUCUUCGUGUUCGUGGACAGCACACUAAGACCACUGGUCGCAGGGGAAAGACUGUUGGUGUCUCCAAGAAGCGAUAGUCUGGUUAUGCACUUCUCUUUUCAUUUGGUUGUUUUGCUUCAAUGUUACGAGUUUUACUAGUUUAGCAGGAAUAUUUUUGGAUAUCCAGUAAUUUUGACUAAAGAUAUUUCCUUUGUUCUCUCAUAAAAACUUAAAUGAAUUUUCUAUUUAUUUUAGUGUUAUUUAGUUUUACUUGAUUGGAACGAAGUAUGUAGAGAACAAGCAAAAGCAUUUGCUCGUUAUCUUUUUGAAUGGUAUUUGAGAAAUCUGAGAAUGGUCAGUGGUUUUCUUCAA